ACUAGUAAGAAAUCUUCUAAUCGGUAUAUGUUUAUUUUGAACAUUUGAAUAAAUAAUUCAUGCUAAUGUAUUAUCAAUCUUUAUCCUGGCCUUUCUGCAUAGAUACCUCUACUGAUUCAUUCCUUUAUGGCUGAUUUAGCAAAACUUUAGAUGAGCCGGCCUUCAUUCCUCUCAAUAUUCAUUCGAUUGAUUUUGAUAAAACGAAUGACUUUAUACUCUAUGAAGCUAAUUGUGAGAGUGCUCAGAAGAUAACUGCCUCAAAGGAAGACAAAACUAAUCAUCCAGAAGGGGAGCAAAUGGAAUCUGAUAGAAAUAACUUUCUCAAGUACCUCGAUUCCCAUUUUGUACCUGAGAUAAAACUGGAAGAUAAGAACAGGGAUACUCAAAUUUCUCCAACUCAUAGAGUCAUCUCGAAGCUAAAUUCUGAUUCGAGUGCACACAAUUUCACCAAAGAAUCUUUAAAUGAAGUUCAUUCUGUAAGCCUCAGUUAUAAAGGCCAAAAGAAUUCUUUCAAGAAGGGAGCUUCCGCAGAGAGAGUCGACAUCGUCCAUAAAACUCUCCUCAGGAGCAUCAGAAGAUUUCUAUACGAGCUGUUGAAUAAAGAGCACAAUCUUCAAGACAUCACAGAUAAGCCGAAAUCUAGUACCCAAUUUCAAAACAAAUUGCUUACAUUUUAUAGCAAAUAUUUUAAAGUUGUCCAAGAAUCUAUUAGCAUUUCUGAUGAAGACAGCCAGCUUUUUAUUCAAAAUUUAGCCAGCUUUGUGACAUCCAACUACUGGCUCCCAGGCAACUCCUUCAGGAUCAGGAAGUUCAGGUCAAUGAUUAAGAAAAAUUUAAAGCAGUAUUCAGUUAGAAAAUAUUCAGAAUUCUAUAAGCUAGAAGGAUGCUCAAAAUUUUAUGAAGUUUUAUAUAAGUCAGGGUUCAUCCAAAGAAUUAUCGAAGCUUAUCCCAAAUUGAAAGAAUCAAAGGACUCCUACUAUAGAGCAGUUGAAGACAUCAUGCAAAGAGAAUAA